AUGAGUGUACCGACAGUAUACGAUGACAAUCCUUCUCCAGCCCAAAGGGACAUUUGGGCAAGAGAGCAAUCAGAGUUGAAAUCGAGACUAAUCGAAGUUGACGAUCUAGAUUUCAAGAAGAUUAUUCUAGAUGAUAAAGGGGAAAAGGUGGAAUUUGAGGGAUUACACUAUAUCGGUGGUGUGGAUGUCAGUUUUGUUGAAAAUAAUGAACAGGAUGCUGUGGCAUCUUUGGUGAUUUUGAAAUAUCCGAGUCUAGAAGUAAUUUACGAAGAUUUCAAGAUGGUUAAAUUGAAACUUCCAUAUAUCGCUGGAUUUCUGGCAUUUCGCGAAGUUCAGCCUUUACUCGAGUUGCUUAAUACCAUUCGACAGGCAAAUCCUAUGAUAUUUCCUCAUAUAAUAUUGGUUGAUGGUAAUGGUACUUUGCAUCCAAGAAGAUUUGGAUUGGCUAGUCAUUUAGGAGUUUUGGCGAAUGUUCCUACAAUUGGCGUUGGCAAGAAUUUUUUACACAUCGAUGAUGGUGAGAGGAUGACCAUGAGUUACGUGAAAAGUGUGGUUAAAGAAGCGUUAAGAAAAGGAGGGAACUCGCAUAUCCUUCAAGGCGACUCGGGAAUGGUUUGGGGAGCGGCCGUCCGAAGCUUGGAAAGUACAACCAAUCCAAUAUAUAUUUCGGUUGGACACCGGAUAAGUCUUGAGACUGCUAUUAGCAUGGUGUUAAAAUGCUGUCGAUAUCGCAUUCCAGAACCCAUAAGACAAGCUGAUGUUCGAUCACGCGAAUUUAUUAGGAAUCAUUUUUCUUGA